GAGGGGCCCCACACGCUCGGAUGCAUUUAUCACUGGAUACCAUGAGCAUGGUGGACGACAGCUGCCUCUCGCCCAGCAACUUCCACGACCUGGCCAAGGGCGGAGGCGUCACGGUGGGGGGGCACGUCCACAGCAUCGACGUCAUUCUGGGAUUCAGUAAAGACCAGGAUUCCCUGCUCGGCCCCGUCGGGGUGCCGGGGCCUCAGAAGGUGGGCGUCGAGGGCUUGGCGGAUUCCGGAAAGCAGCACGAGUCUCACCCGUCCUACAGUGGCCACCUUGAACCCCUGCAAGAUGAUAACUCGGACCAGCAGCACCAAUAUCAGGAUGCCGACCUGUUUACCAACAAGUGCGAGGAGGAACUCAGGAAGAGCGUUGAGAGCGAUGAAUGCAAGUCACCCGAGCCGGACAAGGACGAUCAGCCCAAGAAGAAGCACAGACGCAACCGCACCACCUUCACCACCUACCAGCUGCACGAGCUGGAGCGUGCCUUCGAGAAGUCUCACUACCCUGACGUGUACAGCCGCGAGGAGCUGGCCAUGAAGGUCAACCUCCCCGAAGUCAGAGUUCAGGUGUGGUUUCAGAACCGAAGAGCUAAAUGGAGGCGUCAGGAGAAAAUGGACGCCAGCACCAUGAAGCUCCACGACCCGCCGAUGCUGUCCUUCAACCGAGCGGCGCCGGUCCACUCCACCAUGGGACCCAUGAGCAACUCCCUCCCCUUGGACCCGUGGCUGACCUCCCCCUUGUCCAGCGCCACGCCGGUCCACAGCAUCCCGGGCUUCAUGGGCCCGGCUCAAGGCCUCCAGCCCAACUACCCGGGCCACGGUUUCCUCAACUCCAGCCCUCAUCCGUCCAUGGGUCAGGGAAUGCAGAGUAUGGCGGCGCCUCCCCCUUACCAGUGUCCGGCGCCGUACCCCGACAAGUUUCCGCUGGAGGACAUGGACCAGCGCAGCUCGAGUAUCGCUGCACUGAGGAUGAAAGCCAAGGAACACAUCCAGUCCAUGGAUAAAACCUGGCUACCCAUGUGACUAACAACAGGGAGUGACACUGAGUGGCUCCUCAGAGUGCUGACAUGAUCGCACGAUGGCAGGGACCUUACCCACAAUGCAAAGGAAAAAGAUUCGAAACUGGGGAUAUAGGGACUUUCUUUUUACGUUUUAAUUCUUUUUCUUUUUUUACAUCUCAAGGACAUAAAGUGGAUGAGUGACGUGUUCUCAAACUGCCCUUUUUAAUUUUGCGGCCAUAUUUUCCAUGGCCAUGAGUCCAUCAUUAUAAGUCAAUUGAAUCGGUUAUUAGAUUGUACUUUCUGCUGUUUGCUUCUGACUUUUAUCCCCUUGCUUUCCUUUCUCCCUAUUUUUUUUUUUUUUUUUUGGAUAAAUAGAAUCCAAUUGCCAAUUUGUUAAUGGUCUAAUCAGAGUUUAAAGUGCAAAGGAGUAUCAGGGCAACACUGAGAAGACGAGUCCUGUCGGAGAAUUUGGAUAUUGAAUCUUCCAAAAAUAUCACAAAUUUAAAAAAGAGGCUUUCUCCCCCUCUGAAAAUUACCGCUUCUUAGUCUCAUACAUAACUUUGUUUUCGUG